AUGUCUGCUGCUGUUAUGAAACAAUCAUCAUCAUCAGUUCUAAAUUCAAAUAAAAAAUCAUCAUUUAAUUCAAAUCAAAUGACAGAAAGUUGGAUUGUCAUCGAUGAACAAAUUGAAUCCGAUUAUGUUCUAAUUGAUAAUGAACAACAACACGAACAUGAACAUUUUGAUUUAAUUACACAACAAGAAUCUCAUACCGGUGAAGAAAUAAAAGAACAACAAGAAAAACAAAUUAUCGAACUACAACAAAAAAUUCAAGAUUCUCAAGAUGUUGUUGUUAAAGAAAAACGAAAAAUAUCACCAACAAAUAUAUUACAACAAACUUCAACAGCAACAAUUAAUGGUGCGGGUAAUAGUAAAAAACGGAAAUGGAAAUUAUUAGCACAAUUUUCUUCACAAGGAAUUAAAAAUGCAGCACAUCAUCUAGAUAAUUAUAUCGUCGAUUCAAAUCAACAAUUAUUUGAUAAACGUGAUUUAUUAAAAAAAUUAUGUGGAGCAUAG